UACCCGACCCUUAUCCACCGCAAAGGGAAGUGAGGGAUGGCUUCCAGCAUGUGCGCCGCCGCCCUGUCCCCGUCCUCCGCCGCAGCUAUACUCUCUCUCCCCAAUCGAGGCCUCACCCUCGCCCUCCUCCACAGGAAAGCCCGACCCUUCUCCUUCUCCGUCGACCGCUCCUCCACUUCCCCGGCCCCUCUCCUCUCUGCUCCUCCCCUGGUCUCUCCUUCCACUUUGUUCUCCCGGAAAUGGAAGCUAUCGGCGGCUCCGGAAGAAUCGCCGGAGGAGCCCGAAGAGCCAUCGGUUCCGGAACCCGUCGAGGCCCAGAUAGCCGCCGCUGCGACCGCUAAGGGCGAGGACGUCUUCGCGGUCGUAAUGAUUGGGUCGAGGCAGUACAUUGUUUUCCCUGGAAGAUUCAUCUAUACCCAAAGGUUGAAAGGAGCCAAUGUCGAUGAUAAGAUUAUCCUAAACAAAGUAUUGCUUGUUGGAACUAGGACGAAGACAUAUAUUGGGCAGCCAGUUGUAACCAAUGCUGCAGUGCAUGCAGUGGUUGAAGAACAGGGUUUGGAUAAAAAAGUUAUCGUUUUCAAGUUCAAGAAGAAAAAGAAUUAUCGAAGGACGAUUGGUCACCGACAGCCUCGCACGAGGAUAAGGAUCACCGGCAUCACUGGGUAUGAAGACUUUCCAUUUGAGACAUUGCCUGAGAUGGUGCCUGCUUAGGAUACCUGUUGGGUGAGCACCAGAUCUGCAGCAUGCAAUGAUUUUGAAGCUGGAUACUUGAAUGGGCACUAGUUUGCAGGUUGUGUCAUCAAUCGCAGAUGUUUUAGAGAUGUGAAUGCUUGUCCUUUUGUAGCCCGAAAUGAUUUUCUGUUGCAGCCGGAAAUGAAUUUCAAAGGACUGAGUUAUGACCAUGUUAAUAUGUUGUACUAAAGCUGAUUCUAUAUUUCUUAUAACCAUAUUCCCUCUUGUUUCCAACAUGCAAAACGCAUCAAAGCUACCAUGAAAUGAAAUUAGUUGGUGCCUCAAUUUUAUGGUUCACCAUGAUGUUGCCUAGAUGAUUGUUGGGGAGCCAAAAACUUUGUAAACUUAUUUUUUGAAUUACAGUAAUAUUUCGUCAUAA